GGGGGGUUUUUAAAAAGAAGCAUAUUUAUUUGUUAAAGGCUGUUCGGCAUGUCAUGUAAUAUCUUCUAUUAAUUAUUCUUCUUGAGGUUCGUUAUCUUUUCUGUAUCCUCCAGUAGCUCUCACUCAUCCAGUGGAAAAAACCACAAACCACGAAGAAAUGCAUAAUCAUCCAAAGCACCACGGUUAGAUCUCGCUUUUAUAACCAGAUCGGACGCGACACGCUUGAGCACUUUCUUUCCUCCAGUUAGCCGCAAUCACGAUGCCCUAUUCUCUUCAUAGCCACUCCGGUCAGUUUUGCAAACAUGGUUACGGGCUUUUAGAAGAUGUCGUCAAAGAAGCGAUCCGUAAGGGAUUUUAUGUUUACGGUUUAACUGAACAUAUGCCUCGAUUUGCCGAUUCAGAACUUUAUCCUGAAGAAAUCGAAGCUAAAUGCACUCCUUCCUCAUUAGCGACAACGUAUAAUGAUUUUUUAAAGGAAGCUAAACGAUUACAAGAGGUUUACAACGGUCAAAUACAAUUAAUUAUCGGCUCCGAGAUCGAGUUUAUCAACGAGGAGUACGCAAAGUAUGUUCAUCAAUUAAGAAAAGACACGAUUGACUAUGUCGUAGGAUCGCUUCACCACGUUCAAAGUAUACCUGUUGAUUUUUCACCUGAACUGUAUCAAAAGGCACUCCAAAUAGCAGGAAAUGGAGAUUUGAAAACACUAUUUGUAAAGUAUUUCAAUGAGCAGUACGAAAUGCUAAGGUCUGUCCGACCUGAAGUAGUGGGCCACUUUGAUCUGAUACGCAUAUUUUCUGACCCGGUAAAAGCUGAACAGCUUCUCACUCCAUCAUCUACGGAAGCAGCAGAGGACAAGGAAGAGCAUAACGAUGUUUGGGAUUGCAUCAUUCGUAAUAUAAAAUACGUUAUUGAGUAUGGCGGCUUAUUUGAAAUCAACUCCAGAGCUUGGAAGAAGGGUUUACGCGACGCAUAUCCUCAUCGCAAUAUUAUCAAAGCAAUUUUGGUUGAAGGUGGAAGACUCACGUUGUCGGAUGACUGUCAUGGACCAAACGAUGUUGGGCUAUUUUACGAAAAGUUGCCUGAUUAUUUGAAGGAGAAUCAAAUCAAUAGUAUCUAUUAUUUGAAACGCGAUCAAAACAUUGAUGCAUUAUCAGUAAAAGAGCAUAGCAAUAUAUUAGACGAUAAAUUUUGGCAAAGCAUGAGCAAGUAA